AUGAGGAGGAUAGAGAACCUGACCAGCCGGCAGGUGGCCUUUUCCAAGCACCGGAGAGGCCUUCUGAAGAAGGCCUUUGAGCUCUCCAUGCUUUGCGAUGCUGAGAUCGGCCUCAUCGUCUUUUCAGCCCGUGGGAAGCUCUACAAAUUCGCCAGCUCCAGGUCGACCCUCCUCCUCCUCUCUCCCUCUCUCUCUCUCCAUCUCCUCUUCCUGCUGUUCGAUUCAGCAAGAGCAGGUGUAAUUGUUUUACCUGUACAACCCAAGAGAGCUAAAGGAUGCGUGCAGUCACGUCACGCCACUGGCAAACUACUGAAGGAGGCAGAUAAAGAAAUUGGUCAUCAGAAAACGAUUACCUCCCUAUCAAAAUCUGCAGAUGGCUCUCAUUUUCUAACAGGUUCAUCAGAUAAGUUUGCCAAGGUGACAACCACUUUUAUCUAG